AUGGUGACCUGUACCCCGUUUAAAAGUACCAGAGGUGGAGAAAAUGCUGCAAUUGGAAAACUGGAAGCAUUUGAUUUCACCUUUAACUCAACUAAUAUGACUCAUUUUGCCUAUGGAAUUGCUGCAAAUGUAGUUGCUGUGUUGUUGUAUGGCAGCAAUUUUGUUCCUGUCAAGAGGAUAGAAACAGGAGACGGGAUGUUUUUUCAGUGGGUAAACUGUGCAGCCAUAUGGGUCGUGUCUAUGGUUGGAGACUUGAUGCUGCAGUCGCCCAAAUUCCACCCGAUUGCGAUGCUUGGUGGUGUGAUCUGGGCAACAGGAAAUUUAACAGUUGUUCCAGUUAUCAAAGCGAUUGGCCUCGGCCUUGGGAUUUUAAUUUGGGGAUCCUCUAGCUUGUUGAUGGGCUGGGCCACUUCAAGAUUCGGCUGGUUUGGGAUUGCUGCUCAGGAUGUUUCCAGGCCAAUAUUAAAUUACUGUGGAGCUGGGUUAUGUCUGUUGAGCGGGCUGAUCUUUUUCUUUGUGAAAACGGACGUGGAGCUGCAUCCCAAUUCAGAAUCCAUUCCAUUACUUAUUGACAGGAGAACAAAUUCAGGGAGUUAUGGACCAAGUUCUUCUGAGUUCUGGAUAGAUGUCAUCGGACCAAAGACCAGGCGGUUCAUAGGCUGCCUGCUUGCUGUCAUGUCGGGCCUGCUGUACGGUUCCUCCUUUGCACCCAUCCUCUACAUUAAGAGCCAUUCAUCAUGUCGUGACAGCAUAUUCCAUGGAGCCAGUGUCUAUGACCUGGACUAUGUUUAUGCGCAGUGCUCUGGCAUUUUUGUUGCGAGCACUGUGUACUUUGCCAUCUACUGUGCUGCUAUGAAUAACAGGCCCAGGGUUUACUCCAGAGCCAUCCUACCAGGUCUUUUGUCUGGACUAAUGUGGGCAUUAGCUACAUACUGCUGGUUCCUGGCUAACAACUACCUGAGUGCAGUCAUUACCUAUCCUAUUGUCACCGCAGGAUACGGUCUGGUUGCAGCACUGUGGGGAUCCUUGGUGUUUAGAGAGAUUAAAGGGUUAACCAACUGCUUUAUCUUCUUCUUGGCCUCCUGUGUCGUCCUGACUGGCUCCUUGCUGACUGCCAUCUCAAAGCUCUAA